AUGACACAGGAUGGCCCGACGGCCGAAGACGCCGAGCGGAUCGAGACGACGCUCAUGUGUCUACUGUGCUGUGUCAAGAGCCGCGUCAUUCGCGUCUUUUGUGUCGUCGCGCCGUCGUUGGCGCUUCUCGGUGUCUACCUCGUGACACCGUCACGUCCGCUCCCGCUCUUUAUCGCUGCGUGCAUCCCCCCGGGUCUCUACCUCCUCACACUCUGCGGUCUGCCUGGAAUUGUUUUUUACAGACAACUUGUCCAAGACAACAUGGACGCAACAAGGGCCCAUCGGUACUUGCGGGGUAAAGCUGACAAAGUGGCUUGCGACGUGACCGACCCACCGUCGACGUUUCCGCUGUGCCUCGAAGCAGCAAAGAUCAACGACGUACCGUCCAUGCGCUGGUGCUUGGACAAGGGUCAAUUUCCCGACGAAGCCGAUCAUCUUGGUCGAACGCCAUUGCACUGGGCGUGUUUUAGUGGCAGCGACGAUGUUGCCGAGGUGCUCAUCAAGGCCGGUGCCUCCUUGGACCUCCACGACCGGCUCGAGGGCUUGGCGCCUCUGCACUACGCUGCGUUCUACGGUCAUCUCAAGCUCACACGCAUCAUGGUCACGAAUGGCGCCGACAUGGAAAUUGAAAAUAACGUCCGCCUCUCUUUUCAUGUUCUCAACUAA